GAGCCUCGUCUCAGCGGCGUUCACCUCCCAGACUCCCCAGCUGCUGACUCCCGGUCUCCGGGCUCCCGUUGGUCCCCCACCCGCCUCCCGUUGGUCCCCCUCCCGCCUCGCGGUGCUGAGCGAUGAAGACGCCCCUGCUGUGCCUGCUGGUUCUGCUGGCCUGCCUGCUCGCCCCCGGACACUGUGACUGCCAGGGGGAAUGCGUGGCCUGCGGUCUGCUCAUGCAGCAGCAGCAGCUGCAGCAAGCCUUCAAUACCAUAGUGUGUCUGCUGGAGUGUGAGGGCCACGCCUCCUCCUCCCUCACCUGGGAGGUGUGUAAACGCGCCGUGAAGCUGUCCGAGGGCGGCGCGCUGCUCAAGAGGGCGGGAGAGGAGCUGGGUCUGACCCCCGACGCCCUGAACUCGGCUGCAGAGGAAGAGGACGAAGGUCAGGACGAAGGUCAGGACGAGGCGGCUCCGGGGCCUCGCCGCGGCCAGUACGACCCGGCGCCGCUGGCGUCCUGGGAGGACGGCGAGAGCGACGAGGACAGGAGCCCGAGGGACGUGGAGGGCGACGGCCCGCAGGACGACGGCCCUGAGGGCCUGGCCUUGUCCAAACGCUUCGGCGGCUUUCAGAGGGGCCGCCACGGCUACAGGAAGCUGGUGGGCUCGGCCCCGAGGCCCCUACAGAAGCGGUACGGCGGCUUCAUAGGCGUCCGCAAGUCUGCCCGCAAGUGGAACAGUCAGAAGCGGGUGAACCAGCUGCUCAGGCAGUACCUGGGCAUGAGGAGCAGCCGCAGCGGCAGGUUCAACGCCCAGCUGUGGCGGCAAAACAAACUGUGACGCCGUCGUCACAGACGCCCACACCCCCCCCGUCUUUUUUCAGCCGCUCCUUUGGUUCGAACUGUGACGUCGUGAUCAGAACAGCAAACAUCUCUCCGCACCGCUCUCUGUACCUCUAAGUAACUACCCAUGUUUUGACCGUGAUGUCCCUCUUAUUAUUAUUAUGAUUAUUAUUAUGAUUAUUAUUAUAUUUAUGAUUAUAAUACGCAUUAA